GGCUGGGUUUAGGUUCGCCGGAACUCCGCGCCCGAGCCUUCUGCUUCCGGGUCGGAGCCAUGGCGGUGGCAAAUUCAAGCCCUGUCAACCCCGUGGUGUUCUUUGAUGUCAGCAUUGGCGGUCAGGAAGUUGGCCGCAUGAAGAUCGAGCUCUUUGCAGACGUUGUGCCUAAGACGGCCGAAAACUUUAGGCAGUUCUGCACCGGAGAAUUCAGAAAAGAUGGGGUUCCAAUCGGAUACAAAGGGAGCACCUUCCACAGGGUCAUAAAGGAUUUCAUGAUUCAGGGUGGAGAUUUUGUUAACGGAGAUGGUACUGGGGUCGCCAGUAUUUACCGGGGACCAUUUGCGGAUGAAAAUUUUAAACUUAGACACUCAGCUCCAGGCUUACUUUCCAUGGCAAACAGUGGUCCUAGUACAAAUGGCUGUCAGUUCUUUAUCACCUGUUCUAAGUGUGAUUGGCUGGACGGGAAGCAUGUAGUGUUUGGAAAAAUCAUUGAUGGACUUCUAGUGAUGAGAAAGAUUGAGAAUGUUCCCACAGGCCCCAACAAUAAGCCUAAGCUGCCUGUGGUGAUCUCACAGUGUGGAGAGAUGUAGUCCAGACUAAGACUGAAUCACCUGACUUGGCUUCAAGACCAUCAGUUGAGUGUGUGAACUUUCCUUUAUCUUUACCCUGGGACCAAAACCUGCAAGGAUUGAUUGCUCUUUGUUCUAGAACUCUACAGAGUGUCAUCAAAGUCUGCCAAAAAGGACACAGGCAUUGGAGCCAAGUAGACUACAAAGCCUCCACACUGUCUAGUUCUGUGACCUUAGUCAAGCCAUUUAAGCCCUAGUUUGUGCCUUUGCAUAAUUAGAUCAUCUGUACUAUACAGAAUUGUGAAAGUUUUAAUAAAUGAAACAGUAUACCUGACCAUAAAUAUUAAUUU